GGACCGACAGGGGCGGCGAGGCAAAGGCCCCCAACUUUGUGCCCUACAGCUCACUGUAGGAGUACUGAGACAACGCCCGGGUCUCAGGCCUUUUCCGGGAGACGGGGGUCGGCAUCCCCUCAGAUAUGGUGCGGGACAACCUACCCUGGACGCACUCGACGCUCGUCAAGAUGUCCAACGAUAGGCACUCGUACCCGUCGCUCAUGGUGAGUCUGUUCUAGGACAGGGGGCUCAACAACGGCAAGCUGCCGCUCUCGCGCGACCAGUCAAAGGCCCUCUUCCACGACUACACCACGGCGGACAAGGCGGCGGGCUGGACGACAGCGUUACACACCGCCGCCGCGGCGUCGCCCACGGUGGGGUUGCCAACGCCUCCCGCAACCCAGGAACAAGACUCCGGUAUCGCAGGGCUGCCCGCGGGAACACAGCAUCGACCGAGGAGAAGAUCAGAGUCCGAUUCGGUCGCGCCGCACUGCUGCAUCCUGGGCUGGAAGCGGCCGAACCAGCCCCGAGCCGAGCAGACCAGCCAAGCACCCCCUGUAACGGUGGAAUACACCUGUAACAACUGGUGCAGCAAGAAGCUCCAAAACAAGUGCCGGCCAGUCAUGGACAGUUCCUGGAGGAGGUUAAGCACGUGCUCGACGGACGAGAUCAGAUCCUCCUAAUCAACGACUACUCGAAUAUGCUCUGGCUAUUAACCGCGACGGACUUGGUCCGGCUCCAACAUUGGCACCAAGGCAUGGCUCAAGCCGUCUCGGCCAUACCGGAGGACGUGCUUGACAAGAAGCCGCAACUGCCAGGGUCGCCGCCGUUGCCGCACCUCAGCGGCGGUGGCGGCGUCGUCGUCCCCGGCGUAACGGGCCACCGACCGGGCCGGUUCCUGGCCAGGCUGCCCGGUUUGGGCGGCAGCAGCGGGACAAACGUCUACAUCCUGACGGCUGGCGAGUGGGGCGGAGGCGGCGCAAGAGGCCGCGGCCGCCAGAACAGUCACACCGUCAUACAGAUGGUCUCGUUUGGCCACUCCAAGGUCGGCCUCGAACGCCUGCAGCUGCUCGACGACGAGCUCUUGCCCCCCCCUCCGCAGUCGGUGGUGGUGGUGCGGGUCCGACUGGGACAUUGUCGACACGAAGCCGCACACUCGGGGCGCUGGACAAGCAGGAGGACGCCAGGUCGGAGUGCGGCCGUUUGGCCCUGUCGGACGCAGAAGACCUGUUGUCUCAAGCGAAGCCUGAGGAUUUGCCGGGAAAGAAAGAUACCGAGCGACGCGGCGGCAAGACCGACCCCGCCGGAAGUCCCCGGAACCGUUGACCACGAACCAGGCCCGGAAGCCGGCAGUGGCCAACCUCAGGGCCCCGCCCCCGUAGCAGAUCCCCGAGCAGCACUGGCUUUUCGAGACCGCCAAUGGAUACACGCACUGCUGGCCCAGUCCUUUCAGCAGGUUGCCUCGGAGUAA